GCCCCUUCGCUAACCGUGUUCGCCCUCGCAGGCCACCAUGUCGAGCCCCCCGCGCUCCGACCUGCCUUGCCCGCGCUGGUGGGGCGGCUCCAGGGCCCCGUCGCCGCGCCCGUUCGCGCUGUCCUGGUACUGCAAGGAGACGUUCGCCUUCACUAGCGCUAUGUACUACGUCCGGAACCCGCUGGACGGCGACGAGCCGGUGCUGCGCGCCCGCGACGGCCAGGAGAUCGGCUCGCGCGCUGGCCGCCGCCUGCUCGACUUCCUCGGGGCCCGCGUCCGAGAGAUGAGCUGGCUCGACCACUGGCGCGCCAUCUAGCCGAGGCAGGUGGCGGCUCUUCUCCCUUAGCCCAACGUCGCGAUUUGCCAAGUCCGACCUUCACUUGCCCUGUCAUACGACAGCGUUUUACACAGAUACCUGCCUUCGGCGGGCGCCUCUCGGCGACGGCUGUUUUUUUUCUCUUGGCCCUGCCACGACAAACGGGCGAGCUUCCGACUUGAAACAGUGGAUAUCAGAAAAUUUUUCUUUCUCUUUUUCGCGAGCCCACGCAAUUGUGGACAUUACUGGGCGCUGUCGUACAUAUGCGACGCCCUCGGUACGACGACGCGGACUUGGCACGGCACUUGGGGG